AUGUUCCAGUUUUUCAAAUCAGAAUUCUUCAAUUUCGAGUUCUUGCGUGUCCUACACGCCGCCCCUUUUCACGGAUCGGAAAUUGGAGAGUGCCUUGUUGCCAGGACCAGGAUUACUGAUAAUGAUCCGGAAAGCUGGUACCGCGCCUGGACAGCAGAAGCUGAGCGUGCAGUCAGCGUGGGCGAAGACGCUGUAAAGCAUGGCGAUCGGGUCGAAGCUUCAUGGGCAUUCAUCAGAGCUUCGAACUAUUAUCGUUCCAGCGAGUUCUUUCUGCACUGCGAGCCGCAAGAUCCCCGGCUUCUGAACGCUGCCCAAAAAAGCUUUGAUAUUUUUGAACGGGGGGUCAGACUGUUGGAUGGCGAGCUCCACACUCUUGAGAUCCCAUUCGAAGGCAACAUAUCGAUGCCUGCGAGGCUCUUCCUCCCGCCUGCUCAUAAGAUGGUGACGGAUAAAUUGCCCAUUCUGGUCCAAAUGGGAGGCUUUGAUUCGACGCAGGAAGAGCUGUACUUUUACGGGCCAGCAGGCGGACUUCCUCGUGGAUAUGCUGUUCUAACAUUUGAUGGCCCCGGUCAAGGCAUCUCUCUGCGGCGAGACAGGACUCACAUGGUGUCUGACUGGGAGAGAGUGACAUCUAAAGUGUUGGACUUUCUCGAAAGCAAACUGGCAGCAAACCACAACAUUGACAUGGAUCGAGUGGCCGUGCUAGGUGCAUCUCUUGGAGGGUAUCUAGUGCUGCGAGCUGCCGCCGAUCCGCGAGUCCGAGCAGCCAUCUCGACAGACGGAUGCUAUGACCUCUUUGACGUGACCAAGAGUCGAAUGCCCAAUUGGUUCAUCGGCGGCUGGCUGAAUGGGUGGCUAAGUGACAGCUUCUUUAACUUUGUUGUCAACCGACUGGCGGCAGCCAAUUUCCAGCUUCGCUGGGAAUUUGGCCACAGCAUGUGGAUAUAUGGCGUGAACAACCCAGCCGACGUUAUGAGGCAAAUGCAGCGCUUCACGCUCCGCCUUGAAGACGGAGGAGAGUAUCUAUCCAAGUUGAAGUGCGCCACUAUGAUAACAGGCGCUUCGGACACGUUCUAUUUUGUCCCAGAAAUCAAUGCCGAGCGAAUCUUCCGGAAGCUAGACCACAUUGACAACAGCAAGAAAGAGCUGUGGAUCGGUAAGGGGGUGAGUGAAGGCGGCCUCCAAGCAAAGAUUGGGGCUCUAGCGCUUUCUCAUCAGAGGAUGUUUGCCUUUUUGGAUAUGCAAUUUGGAAUUACUCGACCGGCGUACCAGAUCCUCGCUGCGGCCAAGGUCAACGGGAUCAAUGUUGCAACAGCGUCAGAUUACAAGCAUAUGGUCACCAAUAAGACACCCGAGUUCCUGGCCAAGUUUCCCAUCGGCAAGGUUCCCGCCUUCGAAGCCACCGACGGCACCACAAUUGCCGAAUCUGAUGCAAUCGCACAAUACGUCUCGGAGGUAGGCCCUCGCUCAGUCCAGCUGCUGGGAGCCAAUGCCCCCGAGAGGGCCAGGGUCCGACAAUGGAUCAGUUUCACGGACAAUGAGGUAUACGGGAACAUGAUGGGCGUCGUGCUCUCUCGGGCAGGAUUCGCGCCCUAUGUGCCAGAGAAGGAGGCUGCCGCCGCCAAAGGGCUGAGCUUUGGGCUGGGAGUUGUCGAGAAAUGGCUUUCGGGCCGGGAAUGGCUCGCAACGGACCAGCUUAGCUUAGCAGAUCUGACAUUGGCUGCCGCCUUGUAUUGGGCGUACAUGCACUAUCUCGAUGACAAGAGGAGGGAGGCUUAUCCACUCGUGACGUCGUGGUACCUGCGAACCAUCGGCGCCGAAGGAGUCAAGGAC